UUCAAAACUCCCGCAGGCGAGCAAAAAUGGAGGUUGUUUGUGGGAGUUGAUAUGUAGAACGUAAUGCUUAUUUCUACCGCUUAAACAAACGCGAGUCGCUCCAUUUUCAAGCUUAUGGUGAACUACACAUCCUUAGCUUUACUUAGACGUAUUUUUUUUGAGGAAAGGUGAGUUUUAAGAGCGCUAAUUGUCGCUUGUAAAAAAAUUAUAUGAACUCAAUUGUGCCAUAUUGUGUGGACUGUGAUGUUGGGGUUUAUCAUGUUUAUGGGCUUUGUCAGGCGAAAUAUGAGGCUUUCCAUUAAUUAUUUUUAAAUGUAAGGCAUUAGUGUAUAAGGAAAUACUUGAUUUGUAAGCGUAUGAAGAAAAAUAGUGUAUUUUGGGCACAAUCGAGUUAAUUUCGUGUGGCGAAUUUGUGUCCGGAUGAAGUUCGUGGUUGCUUUUCAAUUAUUCAUGUCGCUUCAACCGCGGCCAAAUACCGCUUUGUUUGGACUGGAUUUAUAACUUAAUUCUCAAAACAUGUUAACUCUUAAUAUCUUUAAAUGCAUUCCCAUUGUAGCGAAAGGCCUCCAAUAAAAAUUGAGCCCCAAAAUUAGCUGUAUAGAAUUCAAAAAAUACGCUUUGAAAAGUAGGCACUAUUUUUGCCGCGUAGGUUCGCCAGACAUAUUUUGAAAGGCCAUUUGGGUCAAAGUCAAGAAGAUUUUAAUGACACAACAGUUUGAAAUUUAACUGCGUAAAUUUGUUUUUCUAAAUGAUGCUAGAGAAACUAUGUUGUUUAUGUGUGGUGAAAUAUAAAUACAAAUAUGGCAACGCAAGCCAGCUCAACUAGUUGAUGAUACUCACAAAAUCUGGCUGUUUUUUUUAGGGAGAAAUACCGGAUCGAUGAAUAGGCGACUUCCCUCGGAAAUGUCGAGCUCGCGAGAGUCGAAAUCCGAAUUUAUUGUCGGUAGUAAAUACCGUUUGGUAAGGAAAAUUGGGAGUGGUUCUUUUGGAGACAUAUAUCUGGCCACAAAUAUCACUAAUACAGAGGUUAGCCAUUGUUAUUCUCGACAUAAUUCUAACUAGAUUAGUUGGGCAAAAAUUGAUGAAUGCGUGGGUAUUAAAAUAAUUUCUAUUUUCAAAUAAUGAAAUAGGGCGUGUAAUUUUGCGUACUUUUGCAUGUUCUUGUUUGUAAAGUGAUGAUAAUCAAUAAAGAGCAAUUUAUUGUUUUGAUUAUGAUGUCUAUGUUAAUAUUAUUCCGGCUAUUUUGUAUCUUUAUUAUUUGUUUGGGCAGCUAUUCAUUUUCAUUUAAUAUUUAUAUUAUAAUGAGUACAUAUUUAUAGAGUUUAUUAACUUAUUAUUGUUAUUAAAAAUUCCAAAUGAAUUCGUGAAAAUUUAUAAAUAAUGCUAUGGCUAGCAUUCUGUUAAAAAUUAACUAGGUUUUGUAGUAUUGUGUUUACACUAUAACAAAGUGGCUUGCCGUAGUACACCAACUACAGACCACUAUCAUGGAAAAUUUGCUGUAGCAUUGUGGUGUAAACACAGUGUAAGGCCCGUUUCACAAAUUAAGCCACGAAAGUGAUACAGUACAUGAAUAUUUUUGUCAAUUUGUGAUGUGUUAUUUAUGGAUUAAAUUGCAACAUUUCUCCUACAGAAAUUUUUAUUUUUACAGUUGAUUUCACAUAAACCUUUGCCUAUAAAAUGUUCCAAACUUUGUUCUGAAGUUCACAAGUUUGUUGCAAAGUUCAAAAGUUUAUCAUAAUAUUCAGAGAUAUUUUAGUGAGCAAGAUGUAGAUGUGUCUAAUACCCCAAUCUUAACAAUACUGGGAAUGGACUCCUACCACUAGUAGGCUGUUGCGGUAUUUGAAAAAAAAACGAAAACCGAUACCGGAAAAAAAAUACCGAUAUAUUGAUAUUUUUUCGCGAUUGUAUUUUGCUUAAUUUUAUGCAAAAUUUGCUUAAUUUUAUGCAAAAGUUUCUGUUUUCAAAUGAUGCCAAACAGCCACGAUAUAACAGCUUUGACUCAUCGGGUGCGUGAUAUUUUCAAUAAAGUGUGAGGCCAGUGAUCAGUAGCCUGUGAAAUGUCCGCUUUAAUUUAAGAAUUGAAAAUUUAAUGCAUAUUACUUAUUAGCAUUGAUUACCGCACCGGAUGAAUCAUGUGUGAUAUUUUUGAACGGGAAAUUGUUUCAAAACAUUUUAGUCAAUUGCGAAUUCGAAACAAAGGUCGUCCUAGUAUCUCACUAGAUAAACAAUGUCCAAUAAAGUUAGUUUUUGUUUUUCUGUUUUUGUUUUUCUAAAACAUUUGUAAUCCACCGUUGUUUACGUUCUAAAUGGUUUUUUUUUGCAAGCGCGAAAUGACAUAUUACACCUUGCAACGCCAACGUAUGACAAACACGUUUUAGAUCUCGCUCUGAGUUAACACAUUGAUCGUCUUUGUCCUUCUGAAAUAACUCCAAUCAGCGCUUGAAAAAGCUUGAGAUGACGUUUAAAUAUACAAACGUAAACGUGAUAUCGAUAAUACCGAAAAAUAUCGAUAUUCCGAUAUAUCGAAAAUUUCAAUAUCGAGUAAUCGGUAUUUAUAAAAACCCGAUAAUUAUCGGUAUAUCGAUAUACCGCAACAGCCUAACCACUAGAAGUCUAGAACACCCCCCACCCCACUCUCAAUGGUUCUUAUUCUAACAACAUAUGGUCUUUCUAGGAAGUUGCUGUGAAGCUGGAAUCGUCAAAAGCUCGUCAUCCACAGUUACUGUAUGAAUCAAAAUUGUAUAAAAUCCUCCAAGGUGGAGUGGGAAUUCCACACACCAGGUGAAAUCUACUUUCUAAAUAUACUGUUGAUAGCGAGCAUCUGACAUCUGAUUAGCAGUUCAAGUGACUCUAAAUUUUGUAUCAAACAUUCAUUUUCAGGUGGUAUGGACAAGAAAAAGACUACAAUAUCCUAGUUAUGGAUUUAUUAGGACCAAGUUUAGAAGAUUUGUUUAAUUUUUGCUCGAGACGAUUCACAAUGAAAACCGUUUUGAUGCUUGCAGAUCAGGUAAGUCGUGAUCAAUGUGGUAAAAGUAAAAUGUUGUAGCAAAACAUUUGUGUUUACAUUGCAUUUAUUGUUCUUUGUUUCAGAUGAUUGGUAGAAUAGAAUAUGUACACAACAAGAAUUUCAUACACAGAGAUAUAAAGCCAGAUAAUUUUCUAAUGGGCAUUGGGAAACAUUGUAAUAAAGUAAGUUUUUAUCAUAUUGUGGGUCACUCAUCAGGGUGUUAGCUACAGCCAAAAAUUUGGUGUUAUACCAGGCCUCGAAUUUCCCUGAAAUCAAUCGACGGCAAUGCCAAUGGCGUUAAAAAUUGCUGUAGAACGUAACAGCUGUCUAUGGCAAUUUUGACAGUUUCCGCAGCAUUUUUUCAAAUUACU